AGUCAGCAGCCUCACCAGUAUUGAUGACGUCAUUUAAACUGCGCCUUCUGUUUACUGUUACGUGUGUAGACAAGGAUGGAUACCGGUUUAGAUCUUGUAAAGGUACAUGGACUUGGGGGUUAUGAUUCUGAUUUCAGUGACAGCGAAUGUGAGGGCACAACAAGGAAGAAAGACAAACGAAAACACAUUGAUGAUGACUUACUUAAAAAGCCAUUUCAAAAAGAAAAAUACAGCAAAGUGGCCCACAAGCAAGUUGCAGUCCAAGAAUGGGAUAGGGAAGAAGCACGAAAUAGACGGUUUCACCUGAUUGCAAUGGAUGCUUUUGCUCGGCAUAAGAAGUUUGUUAAUGAUUAUAUAUUAUACUACGGUGGGAAAAAAGAAGAAUUCAGGAGGUCCACAGAGAGUGACAAGACAGACCUGGAUAUUAUACGAGAAAACCAUAGGUUCCUGUGGAAUGAACAAGAUGAAGAAGAUCUUACCUGGGAGAAGAAACUUGCAAAGAAGUACUACGAUAAAUUAUUCAAGGAGUACUGCAUUGCAGAUUUAAGCAGAUAUAAAGAAAACAAGUUUGGAUUUAGAUGGCGAAUAGAAAAAGAGGUAAUUGCCGGAAAAGGCCAGUUCUUUUGUGGAAAUAAGCGCUGUGAAGAAAAAGAAGGACUGAAGAGCUGGGAAGUAAAUUUUGCCUAUGUUGAGCAUGGUGAAAAGCGGAAUGCUUUAGUGAAGCUAAGGUUAUGUCCCGAGUGUUCAUACAAACUGAAUUACAGUCACAGGAGAAAAGAAGUAAAACCUGAUAAGAAGUACAGAGAACAGCUGAGCCUGGAGCAACCACCAUCAAAGAAAUCAAAGUCCUCCUACAUGGAAAAGCAUCAUUCUAGAAGUAGGACAAGGACAAGCAAAGGUCAGUCAUCUCCAGAUCAGUCACAUAAGUUAAGUGAAGCUGGCAAAGAGUCAGAACACAGUGAAGAAGACGAAACCUCAGAUGCUGAGUAUUGGAAAGGUCCAUCAAAGGAUGCAGAUGAAAAAACAAGGGAGGAAGAAUUUGAUGACUACUUUCAAGGCAUGUUUCUGUGAAUGGCUGCAUAUUAUAGAUUGGAUUUAUUGUUUUUUUUUUCAAAGUUAUUAUCAAGAUUCUGGAAAACAAUUGUCUUUUACUUUUUCAUGAAGCUGUCCUUGCUAAAAUAAGAACCUUUUCAUAAAUGAACAGUAUUUUGCUACAGAAAGAGCAGUUCCAAACUUAAGCAAAACAAUUCAAUGCUUUCACCAAACAUAACAUUUAUUAUCAUAACUUUACAGCCACUGUUGGUUUAAACUUACUCACUGUAUUUACUGAAGAACUUUAUAAGCUUUGGUCAAUGAUUAUUACUUAUAAGUGUGUUUGUAAAUAAGCUUACAUACAAAGCACUAUUUUAUUAGUAAAAUGUUUCAAGUGCUGUAUUGGCCACUGCAUGGCAAGCCCAGCUCAUGAUUUUAGGUAAGAAAAACAUUUCUAUUCAUUGGGAAUUAAACAUAGAUAAACAGAAUACUGUCCUAAUUUUGUUACCAUUUUUGUAAAUAUGACACAUCGAGAUAAGUAAUUUUUUUAUUAAAAUAUAUAAACCUGU